AUGCCUUUGACCGGAGCAGAAGUGGCAAAGCACAACUCUAGAGAGAGCUGCUGGGUGAUUGUACAUGGCAAAGCAUAUGAUGUUACGGAAUUCCUUCCUGAACACCCCGGGGGCCCGAAGAUAAUACUCAAGUACGCUGGCAAAGAUGCUACCGAAGAAUUUGAACCCAUACAUCCUCCCGACACCCUUGACAAGUUUCUCGAUCACGCGAAGCACCUGGGAGAGGUUGACAUGAACACGGUGGAGAAGGAGGCGAAGGAGGAAUCGGCGGAAGAGAAAGAAAGACAAGAGCGAAUUAAACGCAUGCCAAUUUUGGAACAAUGCUACAAUCUCAUGGACUUCGAAGCGGUGGCGAGAGGGGUUAUGAAGAAGACAGCAUGGGCAUAUUAUUCAAGCGGUGCUGAUGAUGAGAUUACUAUGAGAGAAAACCACUCCGCCUUCCACAAGAUCUGGUUCCGGCCCCGGAUUCUCGUUGAUGUCGAAAAGAUUGAUUUCACCACUUCGAUGCUUGGGACGAAAGUUGAUAUUCCCUUCUAUGUUACCGCUACUGCGUUAGGGAAGUUGGGUCACCACGAAGGAGAAGUCGUUCUCACCAGGUCUGCAAAGAAGCACAAUGUUGUUCAGAUGAUACCCACUCUCGCCUCAUGUUCGUUCGACGAAAUCAUGGAUGCCGCUGAAGGAGACCAAGUUCAAUGGAUGCAACUCUACGUGAACAAGGACCGAGAAAUCACAAAGAAGAUCGUCCAGCACGCCGAGAAACGUGGGUGUAAGGGUCUUUUCAUCACAGUCGAUGCACCUCAACUCGGUCGUCGAGAAAAGGACAUGCGAUCAAAGUUCACAGAUACUGGAUCGAAUGUUCAAGCAGGGUCUCAAACCGACAACUCUCAGGGUGCGGCAAGAGCUAUCUCCAGUUUCAUCGAUCCUGCUUUGAGCUGGAAGGAUAUUCUAUGGUUUCAAUCCAUUACCAAGAUGCCAAUCAUUCUCAAGGGCGUUCAGAGGGUAGAAGAUGUCAUUCGAGCUAUCGAAAGCGGUGUUCAAGGUGUCGUUCUUUCCAACCACGGAGGCCGCCAACUUGACUUCGCUCGUUCUGGUAUCGAGGUUCUUGCUGAAGUCAUGCCUGUUCUUCGUGAGCGCGGCUGGGAGGACCGAAUCGAGAUCUAUGUCGACGGUGGCGUGAGGAGAGCUACCGAUAUUAUCAAGGCUCUUUGCCUUGGUGCUAAGGGUGUUGGCAUUGGAAGACCGUUCUUGUAUGCCAUGAGUGCUUAUGGACAGCCUGGUGUUGAUCGCGCUAUACAAUUGUUGAAGGAUGAAAUGGAGAUGGGUAUGAGAUUGAUUGGAUGCUCGAGCGUCGACCAGUUGAAUCCUACGCUGGUGGAUACCAGGGGCUUGAGCAUGCACACGACAAGCGUGCCCUCUGAUACUUUGGGACUUUCCAUUUACGAUCCUCUGGUAAGUCCCAAGGAGAAGGCGAAGUUAUAG